CACCACUGCCACCUCCUCCUCUUCUGCGCCGCGGCCCCCACCCCAUUCUCCCAUUCUCUUCGCGACCUACUCCAUUCGAAGAUCUGCUAGAUACAUAACUCGUAAUUAAUCCCUGGGCAAUAGCUAAUGGCUGUUUCGGGCUUCGAAGGCUUCGAGAAGCGCCUGGAGCUGCGCUUCUCGGGCGACGACCCGCUCGGCCUCCGCCGCCUCCGCCCGGACGCCCUUGAGGAGGUCCUCGACGCCGUGCAGUGCAGCGUCGUCUCCGCCGCCGGCAACCGCGCCUUCGACUCAUACAUUCUCUCGGAGUCGAGCCUCUUCAUCUACCCCUCCAUGAUCAUCAUCAAGACGUGCGGCACAACCCAACUCCUCCGUGCCGUCCCCGCCCUCCUCAUCCACGCGGAUUCCCUCGGCCUCCGCCUCCGCUCCAGCCGCUACUCCCGCGGCAGCUUCAUAUUCCCCCACGCCCAGCCGUCCCCGCACACCAGCUUCUGUGACGAGGUCCUUUUUCUUCAAGACGCGCUUCCCGCCAGCCUCUCCCUCCAAAAAGCUUGCGUGCUCCCUUCCGGCAGCAGCUCGCACUCCUGGCACGUCUACUCGGCUGCUUCCACUGCAGAGGCCGACGGCAAUCUGCAGCCGAGCAACGGCCCAUUCACUAUCGAGGUCUGCAUGACGGAGCUCCACCGGGAUCUGGCCCGGCGGUUCUACCGGAAGGAAGGGGACGACAGGUCCGGCGAUGCGGUCGGGGCGGAGAUGACCGCGACGUCGGGGAUCACCGGCAUCAACCCGCGGGCUCUCAUCUGCGGCUACGCCUUUGAGCCGUGCGGAUACUCCAUGAACGGCCUCGAUGGCGCCCGCUACUCGACCAUCCACGUCACCCCCGAGGACGGCCACAGCUACGCCAGCUUCGAGUGCGUCGGCGGGCCGGAGGCAAUCGAGUCGCUGCGGAAGGCGGUUUUGAUCUUCCAGCCAGGGGUGGUCUCGGUGUCGGUCUGCAGUCCGGCAUGCUGGGAGGACGACAAUGACGAGAGCGAUCGGGACCAGAUCUGUUCGGCUGUGGCGGAGGUGCUCGAGCCUCUCGGGCUGAGCUGCCGAUGUCGGGCUGCGGACCAGUUCAGCGGGGUCGGCACCGUCACGUACCAGGUGUUUAGGGCGGCUCAUCCGCAUUAAAAUUAAGAAGCGCGGCUUACGGAUAGAUUAACUGGAUUAUCAUUUGCGACGACGACAAUGAUGAUGAUGAUGUGGAAUGCAUGGGAGAAAAUUUGAGGGGAGGGUGUGGGUGUUAUAGUGGACAUUACAAACGAGAGGUUUGAGAUUGGUGGCAGCACCAUGAUACGGCAUCCCACUUUAAGAGUAUCACGCUUGAUGAGUUGGGUACUGAGGAUAUGUGUGUAGUGCGGGUGGA